CAAAUAACCCUAGUAAUAAUUACUUGCAACCCAAGCAAAAAUGGCUUCUUGUUUCAGCAAGCUCGGUCUCUAUGCCUUGCUCAUAAUUUCUGUUGCUGUAGCUUCUUCAGCUUAUACUCCAUUGCUCUCUCCUGAUUACUAUAACACAAUUUGUCCACAAGCUUUACCAACAAUUAAACAAAUCAUUGAUGCUGUGGUGUAUAACGAACCACGAAUGGGCGCUUCUCUGUUGCGUCUGCAUUUCCACGACUGUUUUGUUAAUGGUUGUGAUGCGUCGCUACUUUUGGAUCCUUCGCCUAGUAUUGAUAGUGAGAAGAAUGCAGCUGCUAACUUCAAUUCUGCUAGAGGAUUUGAGGUUAUCGACCAAAUUAAGUUGGCUGUAGACAAAGUUUGUGGUCAUCCUGUGGUCUCAUGUGCUGACAUUUUAACUCUUGCAGCUCGUGAUUCUGUAGUUGCGCUUGGUGGACCAUCAUGGAUAGUGUCACUAGGAAGAAGAGACUCAACAACAGCAAACAGAACUCAAGCAAACAGAGACAUCCCAUCACCAUUCAUGGACCUCUCUGACCUAAUUACAAACUUCAAGAACCAAGGUCUCGACGAGAAAGAUCUCGUCGCUCUCUCCGGGGGCCAUACAUUAGGGUUUGCAAAGUGUUUAUUGUUCAAAGACCGUAUCUACAACGACAUUAACACUAUUGACCCUACGUUUGCAAAAGAACGUAGAUUGACUUGUCCAUUAGCUGGUGGCGAUUUAAAUCUCGCACCCUUCGAUCCAACUCCUGCACAUUUCGACUCGGCUUACUUCACAGCCUUGACUGAGAAGAAAGGUCUGCUUCAUUCUGAUCAGCAACUUUUUUUGGGUGGUUCCACCGAUGGAUUAGUAAGGACUUAUAGCUAUGAUGUCAAAACUUUUUCUGCGGAUUUUGCUGCGUCUAUGAUCAAGAUGGGGAACAUUAAACCUUUAACAGGCGAGCAAGGUCAAAUUCGCAUAGAUUGCAGGAAGGUGAACUACUAAUUAAAAAGAUUUCGAUUCGUGUGGUGUGAUUAUUAUGAUAUCUUUUGUUUGGUGUGUAAAUUAUUGAAAAUGUGUGUAUAAGGAGAUUGUUUGUUUCUAUUAAGUUAUUUUUCAUUCAAAUAAAUGACCUAUUGAAUAAGAAAGAAGGUCAAACUCUUCUUUAAUUUGUGAGAAUAAAACCAUAUGAUUCGAUGUA